AUGGCAUAUCAAGAGUCAGCUUCGGCAUGGAAGCCGUCCAAGCCGAGGGGAGCACAGCGAGCAUCCGAUCACAAGACAGGUCCCAAGGGCGAGCCCAUGACUCCCGUCCCGUCCGCUACGCUCGUCGUGCUGUGCCCACGGUCAAGCAAGGAGAAGGACGGACAACUGCAGUACGAUGUAUUGAUGGUGCAGCGGUCGGCAAGAGAUGGCUCGAGCUUUCGAUCCGCCGUCGUCUUUCCAGGAGGCGCGCUUGAUCUUGUCGACGAGACAGACGUUGAAGCAGCGUUGUCAUCCCAAACCUCCUCAUCCCCAGACAACAAGAGCAGCGAGAUGGAAAAGUACAUGCUAACCCUCAAGCUGUGUGCGCUGCGCGAAACGUUCGAGGAAACGGGUCUGCUUCUUUUACCAUCGUCGAAACCCAGCCCUUGUGGUCUCCCAACCAGCCGUGCCGUAGGCCACCAAGAGGCUGGAAUGUCAGCAGAAGAGUGGGCCAACGCACGUAACGACGUCCACCACAAUGCACUCGACUUUGCUCCUUUCCUCCGCAAAGUCUCCAGCAAACUCGGCCUGAGCGGGUCAGUCGGAUCGGGAGAAGGAGCCCUCCCAGAGCUUGCACCCAUGGCGCACUACUCGAAUUGGAUUACCCCGAGAAGCGUUGUUCGGCCAGCAAAGCGGUUCGACGCCCACUUUUUCAUCACGGUACUCGAUAAGACGGAUGUCUUUGGCAGCGACAAGUCUUUGCAGAUCUCGGCCGAUGGCUCAGAGACGCUGUCGUUGCGGCUUCAGACUCCUCGUGAGAUCAUGUAUGCCGGCAUCACGGACCAGAUCUCUCUCUUUCCCCCUCAAUUCUACAUCCUCGCCGACCUAGAAGCAGCUUUGCGCGCCGCCGACUCCAGUGGUCACAUUCCCAUUCUGCCGCUCAUCUUUGACUCUUCCCAAGCCACUGAUCGCGCCACCCGCGAAGCCGAAUUCCGUGUGACCCCCGUCGAAGAAGAAAGUCGUGGUCUACAAGGCCGAAACUACUCCUGGGAUCGCAAAGACGCUGCCACCACCUCGACGGCCCCCCUCACAUCCUGGGUGUCCGACACCAACGCACCGCUGUCCAACAUCCGAGCCCUCGGCAUCGACCCAGAUGCGCAGUACCCUUCCGUCACAGCUGUCGAGCCCCGCGCCUUUCCAAAGGCGGGAGCGAUGCUCGACAUCAGCAAGGAAAGCAUCGAGAAUCGCACGCGAGCACAAUCGGCAGAGAGCGAAGACAGCUUCGUCUUCCCGUUGGUCCUGCCUGGAGACUGGCAGGCUUCGCCCGAGCAGACCGAACGCGCGAGGAAGGGACUGUUCCUACCAGACACAGAUGAACAGGCCGCAAACAAUCCGACGGAUUCCCGAGGUCAGCCGCACGGCAAGGGCGCAGCGAUGAGACCGCUGAAUAGGCUCUAUGUCUCGCCACGACCGAAAGAGCAGGGCGGAGGGAUGACGGUGCGCGGCGCCGUACGCAAAGGGCUGACGCAUCUGCGCGACUUUCAGGUAGGCGUGCUGCUGGCAGACACUCCUGCGGAUGAUGGUGAUAGCGCUGAGGUCAAGUCUCGUCUGUAG